GUUGCACGUGUUUACAACAAGCUCAGGAAGGGUGCUAUUGAUGGUGUCAUCAGAUGCUCUUGUAAGACCUCAGACUUAUAAAGCCCAAGAAAAAGGAAACCUGCUAACAACAUUCCGCAACCAACGAAACAGCUGCACUGUUAGUUUUUUUUUUAAACGUAUCCAAGCUGAUUUUUUUUUUCUGAAGCACUCUGUGAUUUUUGUUCUCGCUCAUCAACUCAUCCCUGAAGGAAAGAUUCUCGUUUGAAAGAAUCAGAAUGGAAUUGACAAGUUUGAGUUUUGUUCUUCUCGUUCUGCUGGAGAUGUUUCAGGUUGGAUUUGGAUGUCAGUGUGCACACAGACACCCACAGCAGCACUUCUGUCAGGCUGGAUUCGUUAUCCGCGCCAAGGUCAUCAGUAAGAUGUACGAGCCUAUCAUGGCAGCCCAGACCCUGCCCACGACUCCACCGCCGACGACCAAACCUCAGUGGAUAUUCCCCCUUUCAAGCAACCUGAGAAUGGCUAAGCAGCCCAAACCCCUCCGACCACUUCCCGAGCGGGAGAUGGACUCCUGGAAUGCCUGGGCACUGAGACUCAGGUACACUGUCCACGUUGAGAAGGUCUACAAGGGGGAGGAGAAGAUACUGGCAAGGAGCAAGAUUGAAAUCGUCAGUCCGGCAGACAGCGGCAUGUGUGGCUUGACCAACCUUGACGAGGGCAAGAAGUACUUACUUACAGGAAGCUUUGACGAGAGAGGUGCUACAGUCCACCUUUGUGACUGGGUUACAGAGUCUUACCUUGUGACCAAGAGCCAACGACAAGGUCUGAAACACAUCUAUAAGAAGUACUGCGACGAGUGCAUUAUCAAGCCUGAUGUUAUCUACUGGCCGCCAGAAGCCAAGGAAAAAGAUGUCUGCGCCUACAACCCAUACUUAUUCCACGAGGACGACUGUGAAGCCAAGUUCUCGUCAUGCAUCCGGAGAUCGAACGGCGUUUGUGAGUGGCUCCUCACGAAUCAAAUGAAGAGGUGCCAACAUGGCGGCCGAUCAAAAACUCAGAUCAAGAAAGUACGACAGGUCGUGCGGAAAGCUUGAGCAUGGAGAGUCUGGACAAUACAUGGACUAAAAGACAAUCACAAGUUAUGGGUGAUCAUCCCUCUGAAAAAAAAGACUUAACUUGUAGUUAAAUUAAAGCCAUUACUUCAAAGAGGAUACUAAGAAGAAAUCCCGAGGAGAUCAAGGGUUUUGACAAACCAUCCACGACGAGGAAUGUUGCGAAAAGGAGAGGAUAGUACUCAAGCAGUUUGACAAGUUACCUGUUUAUCAUGGUAAUGAAGAAAGAUCUGACUGACAAAAGAAAAUGUGUUAAACGAAUGGAGACAAGACUAUACAGCCCAAGUAUUACUUUAACAAACCAUUUUUUUUUUUUUUUUUUUUUUUUUUU